UUUUUAUCUCGCAGCUGUCGUGUACGUUGCCCUAUUCCCCUCCUCUCGGGUUUGCGUCGUCCGGCCUCUUGUGCCCUCGCACCAACAUCACGAUGCAAGCACAUCUCGCACUCCUCAUCGCCUUCCUCUCCUUCUUCAGGCAGGCAUGUGCUCAAACGACUCUAAGCAACGGGCCCACAUAUGCAUCCGGCGCGUACCCCUUUCCACAACCCUCGCAGCCAGGCCAAGUCACUCCAGGAGGCGAUGGAACCUCUUUCAACAAUGUGAUCAGCAUUUCAGGUGAGCUCGAGGACCGAAAAUCGACAGGUCGCAUGCACCAAGCUAGCAUAUAUGAAUUUACCUUUAUUUCCUUCCAUCAGGAACAUCGAGCUAUAUGUUUCAGUCCCUCUCUCAGACAUCUACCUUUACCCCAGCCUCACCAAUUUUCGGAAGCUACAACCCAGUGGCAACCUACAAUCCAAAUGCGACAGCGACGACGAUUCCUACGAACCCGCCAGUCUCCUCAGGCUCCUCAUCUGGUUCUUCAUCCAGUGGUGGUUCCAGCUCCAGCAAAAAUGCUGCCUCCUCGUUCUUGAAUGCACGCGAUAUGGUCCUCGUUGGCGCUUUCUCGAUUGCAACUUUGAUCGGCGCAUCAUUGAUCCUUGCGUAGGUUUUCGGCUGGCCGAGCUUCCCUUG